GGCUUGUUAGGAGACAUUAUGAUGCUAGAGGCAGAUGUCUUGAUGCGGAACAACAUUGUGAAUGGAACUCCUGUAAUGGCACAUCCCCCAGACGUGGACAGCAACUUAACAUUACACGGCUUCUUGUCACAAACAACGAAUUCGACAAAAGGAAUCAAGUUGGACUUCAAGACCAUCGAGGUGGUGGAACCUUCCCUGAAGAUGGUUCAGAACAUCACGUUCGGGCAAGAGGUCAAAACCCCGAUUUGGCUCAAUGCAGACAUCUUGCCCGGUCCCUGCUACGAUAAGGUGUGCGUUCCGGUCGACCACGCUAGAUUCUUGUCUCUCUGCAAAAGGUACUUCCCUAAUGGAACUCUUUCAAUUAGUUGGACAACUGGGAAAAAUAUGACAGCCCCAGAAAACUUCUACAACUGGUCUCAAGUGCUUCCUAUGGGGCAACUUGUCUCUCAGAUCGCUCAGCCUAUCACCUUUCCUGUCCGUGCUAAUCUUGUUCAAAGGUCUUGGGAACAGUUUCACUGGUUGCUCGACCUAUCAGAGACAUUCACCAUAACCAUCUGGUCUUCCACUACGGAUAAUCCAGAUGUCCGAGACCUGGUUGCACUACGGUAUAAUGUUUCUGACAAGAGGAGAAUCUACUAUGACCUUCCACCGGAUCAGGAGAAAGCGUUUAAAGACGCGCUGGCAGCAAGCUCUGACAGAAGCAAAGGUGAUAGUGAAAGUUUCCCCUGGAAAGCCACCGCUAACAAGGAUUGCAAAGAUGUGCUAACUGGUCAUAACAGUGUGAUGUUUUCGGGAGAUGGUGGUCAAGUUGUAUCUGAAAAAGUCCUGUACAAGGUGUCAGCUCGUGAAUUUUCACAAAUUGUUGGCAAAGUUUCCUUCAUCAAGACUGGUGGAGAAGACGGCGAAAGAAGUGUCAGCAUCACAUUGCAUGUGAAAGACGCAACAGGCACGGCAAUAGAUUCAAAUCCUCUUGUCACACUGGUGCUUCAUAGCAGCGGCGACGUCCAGUUCUCUUUAACCAAUGGGGAUGUCAAGCAGGGAUCCAUUCAGAGCGAAACCGGUGUCUUCAAAUUCGUGAUCGUAGAGAGUUCGUCCGACGGCAGGCAGAGGUCUUUCAGUUGUGACAUUACUGCGCAAGACAACGAGGAAGAUAAAGUUUCCGUUUCCUUGACAACAGAGAGUGAGCCAGUAGGAGGGUACGCCCUAAUCAGGGUAGGGGCACAGUCAGAUGCUAUUCUAGUGCAGGAUGUUAGCACUGCGCUUGCAAUGCCAGAGACUGCAGGAGGGAACCCUGGACGUGUUCAGUGCUGGUUUCAAAUAUUUGUAGUUAUUUUGUCAGCGUUAUUUUGCAUGUUGUUGCAGAUGUGAACUAACGUGUUUUGCGUAGUUAAUCUGCGCUUUCUCUAAAUAUUCUGAGAUCUUUUUGUUAGCUUUUAGGAGUUGACCAGGCGGGGUCUCAGCCACUUACUAGUGUGGUAGAUGUUGCCACCGAGACCAACAUUGAAUUAUUAAACAUUGGACAACGGGACACAAUGCAGCUAGUAAGAUGAUAAUGCCGCGUUUAGAUACGAAAGAAACAGUCCAGGUUUCCAGCGAGGUACUAGCUUUUUUCAUAAUUAUUCCUCUAAGGCUCGGAGCCAAGUUAACCAAAAUGUUAAAGUAUGAAAAUAGGCCUAUUGUACCAGAAGAUAUUCGUCAGAGUUUCUACUCUGAAAUUUUACACAUUCGGCAGUUCGAGGUUGUGUUUUUGUU